GAGAGAGGGAUAGUCAGAAAUGGCUGUGGAGGCAGUGGCUGCUGCUGGAGAAGGAGAGGCACGAAAGAAGAACAGAAUUCAAGUGUCUAACACCAAAAAGCCUUUGUUUUUCUACGUUAAUCUUGCCAAAAGAUACAUUCAACAGCAUGAUGAGGUUGAGCUUUCUGCCUUGGGCAUGGCAAUCACUACUGUUGUCACAAUUGCUGAGAUCUUGAAGAAUAAUGGACUGGCUAUUGAGAAGAGUAAGAAUCUCCAUCUCUUAACGCAAAAAAGGUUUCCAUCCUUGAUGAGAAUGAAUACUUUGAUGCUGAUUUGUUUGUGGGACAAAGCAGAAGUUUUGACAUCUACAGUUGGCAUGAAGGACGAGAACAAAGGACGUGUUGUCCAAAAGGCCAAGGUGGGUUUAGAUUCUUACCAUACAUAUAGUUUGCUUCUGGAUGUGGUAACUUAAUGUACCUUCCUUCUGAUCUCCUUCUUUGUCUUGUUUCUACUUUUCCUUGCUUACUUUUUCAGAUUGAAAUUGUGUUGAGGAAGUCUGAAAAGUUCGACUCACUGAUGAAUGCGACCAAUAUGUC